AUGGCUCUGGGUGAUACCGACUGCCUGCCCGCGGUUUACUUCUACUUCUUCUGGCUAGUCGAGCCUCUUAUUGACAAGAGACAAGUGGAGGAAGGGCAAGCUGACGGACAGAUCCUCGCGCUCGCGGGCGCAGCGUACGCCAUCUUCCGGCCCAAGGCGUAUGCGGCCGACCUCCUGCCGACGAGCGAGGAGCCGUUCACUUCCCACAUUGGCGGCACGCUGCGUGGGCAGAUGCUUGUUGGAUGUCUGGGAUCAUGCUUCCUCGUCCUCGCGCUCAUCUCGCUCUCCCUCUUCCCGAUCUUCAAGCAGCAGGCGCCCGCGCUGCAGGAGCGGCUCGUGAAGGGCCUGCUCAUCCCGCUUGCUGUGGCUGAUCUGACCCACAUCUUCCUUACUCUGUGGCCCCUCCCCGGUGGACUGGUCACGCACCCCGACCGCUGGACCCAGCUCAUGCACGGCAACGCCUCGAUCACGGCGAUGCUGUUCACCAUGCGCAUGCUCUACCUCCUCGGCAUUGGGCGCGAGACCCCGGAGUCUCUGGGCGAGAUCGCAGAGGACACGGUGGUCACGGAGAUCCGCGAGGCAGAUGUCGACGUCCAGACGCCCCGCCGCUCCAACAGGCGCAGGACCCGCAAGGACGAGUAA